AUGCCCCUCACUAGAGCACUUUCGGCACGUCUGCGAUCUGGAUCGCGCCGCCAGCCUGCACCUGCGGCAAUCGAUGGCCCAAACGAGGACGUCAUGGCUCUCAAAUCGCAGGCAAAAGCAGCUUGUACCACAGGAUUGGGAGCGAGUCGUGCUCUCGUUGCCGGCGCGCUUCCUCAACUCAACAUCCAAGUUUGCACCAAAGGCCCGUCUUCUAGCUCGACCGGCCCGGCAGCUUCCCCAGCUUCAUCGCCAUCUCGACCGCGAUAUGUGCGAGGCGCCAGCAGCCGCUUCUCGUCCCGAUCGUCCAACUCGUCUCGACGCUCCAUCCUGGGUAGCUCUGACUUUGGCGACUCUUCCGACGAUGAGAACGACAGCCAGGGCAACUCGCGUCGAUUGGGAGGGUGCUCCUCGUUCCUCACCGCUGCCGAACGACCGGACGACAGCAACAAGGAGAACGUUGCCCCGUUCCGGUGCACUUCGCAAGACGUGCUCGAGCUGGAAGCUCGAGAUGCGCAGGAAGAAGAUGCCAUUCGUCGUACCAGCAUCUCCAACCGAUCUCAACAAGGCAGCCUCAUGGAGCGGCCCACUUUUGCACGCCGCCUCAGCCGUAGUUCGACCACAUCCGAGCGUUCUUCUACAUCAGCUCUUGCCAUGCCGGGGACACACUCGAAACGCCUAGAACGCACUGCGUCCGAUCACAACCUCCUUACCUCUUCGCCUAACACCUACAGCUACAUACAAACAACCCCAACACGUCGACCCUCGACACUCUCGGCCUCGACCAGAAAACGUUCGCGCAAUGACGUCGACUUUGAUGAUGCCGAAGAAUCGCUCCCAGCCAGUCCUCUCUCUCGCCUCAGGCUGCAGACCCCGACCGCAAGACGACGAGGUGCAUCCUUCCAGCAGCUCUGCAGUCCGAGCUCGUCUCGCUUCACUCCUACAUUCGCACCAGACGAAGACUCCGGAUCGUACUUCCCACUCUCGUCCCAAGAGUCGGCGCAGAGCUCUCUCUUUGACACGCACAGCAUCGCCGAGAGCUCCUCGGCCCCGACUUCCUCCUGCUCCUCCGACCGCGACGUGUCUCCUCCUAUUCACCCUGCCCUCCUCGACUCGGCAAACCAGCAAGAAUACUCGAGCGUCUAUGCCCACGCAAGGGCACUCCUCCGUUACGCGGCCGGCGUCGAUCCCGCCGAGACCGAAGCCGGUCUCACCAUCACCAACGCCGCCGUCUCCAAGCUCGGUGGAGACCACGUCAAGGUCGUCGGUCGCGAGUCGGAACGUGUUGCCAUUCAGCUUUUCUUGCAGCAGACGUUUGGCCUCUUUGCCAGUGCGCCACAGAGGGCGCAGAGUCUCGGAGUCGAGCUCGACGGCGAUGCUGAAGCCGCAUGCCUCUACGUCUGCGGUCUACCAGGCACCGGCAAGACAGCCCUGGUUCGUUCAGUCCUCAACAGCCUUUCCGAAUCAACAUCCAGCUCCUCGACUUCGACCUCUGUGCCGCGGGUGGCAUUCGUCAACUGCAUGACACUAUCGCAUCCACGUCUCAUCUUUGGCAAAGUCCUCCAGGCACUUGGCUCCAACGCGGCCGAAGGUCAGUCGGACGCUGUCGCUGAGCAAGCUCUGUCCACCUUGAUCCGUGAAGGCAACCAGCGCAUCCUCAUCGUGCUCGACGAGAUGGACCACCUACUUCAAAGCCGCGCGCACCAAAAUAUCCUCUACAAGAUCUUCUCGUGGACGUCCAACUGCGGCGCUGGUACCGGCAGCGGUGCCCGCGGAGGUGCUGCUUGCAGUCUCAUUGGGAUUGCCAACUCGCUCGACUUGACCGAGCGUUUCGUACCUCUGUUGGCGAGCAAAGGUGCGUCGCCGGCCUUGUUGCACUUUCGACCGUUCGAGGCGAGCGAAAUUGUUUCGGUUAUCCGGGACAGGCUUGAGGGUCUGUACGAGCGAUAUGACGACGAAGAAGGGGUUACGCCUGUGCAGAGUGCGUCACCAGACGAGCUGGCACUGUUUACGCCGACAGCUGUCGAACUGCUCGCCAAGAAGAUCGCCGGGGCUACGGGGGAUUUGAGGAAGGCGCUCGAUGCAGCACGUCUGGCUGUCGAGAUGGUCGAGAGCGAACAGCGAAAGAAGGCGCUUGGGCAGGUCGAGGCGGAGCGUGCCAAGGCUAGUGCCGCUUCUGCGAAUGUGCAUGCCGAGACUGCCACGUCUGCCCCAAAUGCUUCUCCAGAGGCACCCGCGUCAGCCGACGCCGAACAGCCCCAGAAAGCAGCCGCACUCCGAGCUAAGCUCCUGCGACACCUCGCUCCCGGCACCGCCCCCAAAGUGGGUCCCGCGCACAUCCUCAAAGUGCUCACCUCAGUCCUCGGCUCUCCGAAUUUGUCCAAAGUACGGGGACUUGGCGUACACCCAAAACUUGUGCUCCUCUCGAUCCUUGUCGCCCAGGCUAGAGCCGAGCAAGGCCUGAGCGUGCUCGGCAGUGCCAGUAGCAACAGCAGCAGCAGCUUCACCAGCGUCACCGCUUCGGCCUGCUCCGCAACGCGCAUCGCCGACGUAGAGUCGACGUACCAUGCCAUCCUCAAGCAGGAGCACGGCCUCUUCUCCGCUCUCGAAGGUUCGGAGCUGCUGGGCGUGUUUGACAUGCUCGAAGUCAACGGCGUCAUCCGUAUCUCUAGCGAGAUCGAGACGGUCCAGCCGCGAAGCGGAUCCACUGUCGCAGUUACGGUCAGCAGUGGGGUGAGUCCGAGCGGCAAACGCGCCGCGAAGAAACAGCUGCUGGCGAGCAGUCGACAGGUGUAUCUCGCCAUGUCUGCCGACGAUGUGCACAGGGGGAUCUGUACUUCGAGCCCCGGUGGCAGCACGUCUUCGGCGACCGGUGGCAAUGUCGCUGUGGCAGACACGAUCGCGCGGAUUUACACGAGAGAGAAGGAUCGUGCGGUCAAGGCCAAGACGUACCACAGCAUUGCGCAGGAAAAUGCCCGGAUCAGACAGGAUGAGUUGGGCGGUGGUCGCAUGGGCGUGCCUGUGGGAAGCUUGUAA